UAGCUAGCUAGCCGCUAGCCUCCAAACACUGUGGCGCUAGAGGGCUAGAGCUAGAGCAUGGCUAGAGCCUAGAGCGGCAAUGGAGUAGCGAAGGGAGUAGCUGCUGGUACAAUUAUUCCACAGUAUUGACUUUUCUAUGCAUGGCUCCUGCGUGAUGAGUUAUACGAUAGCACGUUAGACAAAGCAAAUUGCAAGAAACCGUCAUGAUGAAUGAAGAAGCUUCGGACAAUUCAAGCGAUAUGGACGUUGGAGUGCCGACCGCUGUGAGAUACUUUCCUCGCAACAUGCGACAAAAAGGCCCCAGCACACUUGCACUGAAGAGGGCAAAUCUGAUGUUCACGAUGGAAAAUGAGCGGUAUCGUAUGAAAUGUAAAAAAUUAGAGAGGUUUAUGAAGGAUUUGGUGCUUGAAAGCGCAGCACUGUGUGAUGAAGCUGCAAAAGUACAACAAUCGAUCUUUGUGGCGAGGGAAGAAAGAAGGUUUUUACUUAAAAAAUUCAUGCUCUACCAAGUUCAGCGAGAAUCUUCAACUGAAACGCCGAACAGAGCAGUGAACACCAAUCCUGUGGGUCCUGUAGCUCCUGCUGCUACCCCGCCAACUGUAGUUCCUGGUGUAGUCCAUAAUAUGUGCGUCCUACCUGAGAACAGUGAAAAAACACCGUCGAAGAAAAAGGUAUUGAAGCGUCGAAGCACAAAAGAUAGCACAGAAGAACCAACAACACCAAAAACCAGUGGGUCUAAGCCAAAACGGAAAAAGCCUGUUACAGACAAAAAGCUUGUGCCCCCAAUUCCUCUCGAUUCAUCUGGACGACCAGUGUUCCCAAUUGUGCUGCCAGGCUGUAAGGUUCAUAGUUUAGGUGAAAUAAUUACUGAUCGUGUUGGCUUCCACUCCGAGGAGCAUAUCUUUCCAGUUGGUUAUUGCAGCUCAAGAAUUUUUGCAAGUGUACUGAAUGCCAAUCAGAGCUGCAUCUACACUUGCACCAUUUUGGAUGCUGGAACUGGGCCAAGGUUUGAAAUUGUAGCAGAAGACGUCCCUGAGCGACCAUUUGUGGGCAGCAGCCCAGAUGAAUGUUAUGUUGCUCUUUUGCGGGCUGUGAAUCGAACAUGUGGUGCUGAAGUUAUAGUUCCUGCAGCACGGGGUGCGGAUUUCUUCGCACUGUCGCAUCCCACUGUACAGAACCUGGUGCAGAGCUGUCCAGGUGCUCGAAAGUGCCAAAACUACAGGUGGAUUAGGUUUGAAGUCUCAAGGAGUGCUAGUCACCCAACUGAGCGUCUGGAUGGAGACCCAUACCUCAGCUACGCUGCAUUUCGUCUUCUCUGCUUACACAUCAGGUCUGCCACUCCACCCACAGCACCAACUGAUAAUAGCAUUGCUGUUGUACCAUUAGGUGUGGUACAGAUAAAGCAAGAACCACCAGACUUACCGUGAUCAUUUUUGUCUGUGCUUUCUCUGACAAACUGCGAUUACAGAUUUUCAACCGAUAAUUUAGUCACCCGUGAAACCUUUGUACUUGCUUGGUAGCUGCAUAGGUCAUUAAAUGCCAGCAUACCUAACAAGGUAUGUCACACAGAUUCCUAUUCAUUUUAAUCAUGAUUAUGGCUUUGCCACAAUUUUGGAACUAACUUUUUCCCUGCUGACAUUAAAAAAUACUGCUAUGUUAAACAUUACUCAAGUAUAUGCUGUUUUGCUUCUUCCUACGAGCAUUAGCUUUCAUGCCACAUUUCAUGAACAUAACAAAAUAUACCUGUUGCAUGCAUGUGCAUUGCAGAAGUGCAGGAUGAUAAUUCCAAGAUGGUUGUUGUUGCCAUACAAAAAAAAAAAACAAUAAUAAAAACCAGAACUGGUGAGUGGUCAGGAUUGUAUUGGUCGUCAUUGCCAUAGUGAGCACUGUUUUGAAGUGCUUUUCUAGAAUGUGCAAUAUUAAAGCAAAUAAAAAUAAACGUGUUAGAUGAUCACUUAGUGUCAAAUGAAGCAGCCAGGACAGUGGGGUAAAACUGCUUUUGAAAUUUCGCUACAUUACUGUGCUGUUGUUCUUUCUGUAUUUCUUCAGUUUUUCUUCAUUCUAAUGUACUAGACACAUACCUGAAUUGCCUUUUCUUCUCAAAAGAGUUGCAGGAUUCCUUGUACGUCACUGACAAAACUUGUAGCAACCCGUGACAAAGAUUUUGUCCCCGCAUAGCAUUUUGCCCAUGUCAGACAAAAGCAAAAACUUGCAACAACAUUGCAUGUGACACAGCUCAACUGUACGAUUACAAACAAGUAUAUUUAUUAUGCAAUGUUGGGACAAAAUGUUGCCUCAUUCGUCAGUAUUUACAAAAGGGCAUCAGGCUAGUGUUCGUGGUAACGGACCAAGUCUGAGUGCCCAAACUACUUAAAAAUCAGUAAUGCAAGUAAUCUUGUAGUAAAGCGGCUUCAUGAACCAUGUUCUUGGCACCAGGGUACAACGAUGCAGACAUCUCGGAGCCUAUGAAAAAGACUCAUAUGCAGCUAGAAAAGGGAGGGAAAAAGACUUUGGCCAUUAUGUUGCCAAGCUGUUAUCCUGUGUUACAUGACAAAGUGUACCAAUGGACUGUAGUAGCAGUGGCGUAGCCAGCCCCAAAAGAAUCUUACUUUUGGUAGGGCAUUUAGGAGAGGGAAACAAGGGUGAAAUCCUCCUCCCCAUGUAAAGUCCUCACAGAACACCUCCUGAAAUAUUUUUCUGGCUACGCCACUGUGUAGUAUGUAGUAUUAUGUGACGACAAAUGUUGCCUGUUUUGUUUCUUAGAUUUCACAUUGUUCAAUUGCAUUAUGCAUAAAAUACAUUUUUCAUCCUC